AUGAAUUCAGUGUUUGAGGCAAUAGGUUUUUUACUCGGCUUUUUGAGCUGGGUGAUGGUUGGGGUUGCGGUUCCGAAUCGGUACUGGAAGGUCUCAACAGUGAAUGGUAACGUUAUCACUACAUCAACCAUCUAUGAGAAUUUGUGGAUGUCUUGUGCAACCGAUUCCACCGGUGUUCACAACUGCCGAGAAUUUCCAUCUUUACUCGCCUUGUCCGGUUAUGUCCAGGCGUCGCGUGCGCUCAUGAUCGCGUCUAUUGUGCUGGGAACCUUCGGGCUCAUCGCGACACUGGUGGGCAUGCAGUGCUCCAAAGUAGGAGGGGAGAACUACGUCCUGAAGGGACGGAUAGCUGCACUUGGAGGCGUCUUCUUUAUUUUGCAGGGUCUAUGUACCAUGAUUGCUGUGUCAUGGUAUGCCUCCAAUAUCACUCGGGAGUUUUUUGACCCCCUUUACCCUGGAACUAAGUUUGAGAUAGGAGAGGGGCUGUAUAUCGGCUGGUGUUCAGCCACACUGGCCUUGCUAGGAGGAUGCUGCUUGCUGUGUGCCUGUGGAAUGACUAAUAUGCAGAAAACACGUCCCUGCACUUACCACGCCCCCACCAAAGACAGAGCACACAUACAAUCUUCUGUGUCCCAAACUUCCUGUAGUCAAUACGGACGCAAUGCGUACGUGUGAAUCAGCAAGUUCAUUAUUAUAAACAAUACAAUGCAAUAAACCCUUGUUAUGUUAUAGAGUUGUCAGUCAAACCAACACUCUCAAGGUAAUAAUGAUGAAGAUGAAGAUCUGGUGUAAACCAGCAGCUGAGUGGACAGCUGAACUGGUCACUAAAAGCAUAAGCACCUGUAGUGCUCCUGUGAAACCAGCUGUAGUAGAAUCUAGCUACAUGGUAGAGCAGGCUGUAGGUACAUAGAGCAAGAUGCUAGGAACACCAAGAUCAUGGAUUGAUUCCCAGGAAGCACUCAUAUUGAGCCAUUGAUAAAUAUGUAAGUAAGUGGCUCUCAAUAAGAGUGUUGGCUGUAAAUAUAGUGAUCCAGUACCUAAAUGCAACCAGCUGCACUACACCUGUGCAUUAAUAUAACCAGCUGCAUUAUGCCUGUGCAUUAAUAAAACCAGCUCUAGUACACCUGUGUCCAAAUGUAACCAGCUGUAGUGUUCCUGUCAUUAGUGAUCCAAUGGGGCCCAUGAAGGACUUCCUUCACAUCAACAACUGCACAUUUGUUAUAUUGCAGAACAGCAACACACUUUUUUUGAAGGAUAAGAUUUUGCUGUUUGCAAAUAUAAGAACAUUGAGUUAAUAAGAUUACUAUUUGAACAAUUAGUUUAUUAGGAUCAUAACUUUAAGGGAAUUUUUCAAAUCUACAAAUAUUUAAAUUCUGAUCUCAAAUUCCAGCAUUUAGGUAUAUAUACUUAAAUAUUCAUUACAUCUUAAUUAAAUUGUCUCAAAAUGUAUUUUAUUAUUAUUUUUUUAUUUUUAGUUUUCAUAUUUUUAAGUUAAAUUUAACAUUUGGUCUAAACAUGUCUAUAGCAACAUUUAAGUAACAUGAUAAUGUAAUAAUAUAGUUCAAUCAAAGGUUUAAUCACUUCAGCAUUAUUAUUUAAACAUACACUAAAGCAUAAUGUUCUAGUAAAAACUUGUUAAAAGAAUGAAAUGUUACUUAAUAUUACAAGAAACUGAAGACAAUAAAGAGGGUGAGAGUCAUUUAUACUGUGGACAUUAGUAUUACAUCUGGGAAGUAGUUACA